UUGGCUGGACUCUCGUCCGAAGGCAGGUGCCACUAAGAAGAAGAGGAAGAAGUGAGCGGAUCGCGAUGGAGAAACGUCUGUCAAGGCUGCCGGGGAGCCACGGGGAGACGUACGGAACUUUCGUCUUCGCCGAAGAGGGACAUACCCUGGGAAACGCGCUCGCUUCUGUGAUAAGUGAAUAUCCGGGCGUGAAGAUAUGCGGCCACACCGUGCCGCAUCCCGCGGAGAACCGAGUACACCUGAACAUCCAAACAACCGGCGAAAAUGUGAUCGAGGUACUGAAACGGGGCCUCCAGGAUCUCGAGAAGAUGUGCGACCACACGAUCGAGACGUUCGACAAGGCCUACGAGAAGCACAAGGCCACCACGCGCGAUCCCGCGGACGCCACGUAACGGCGUGGUUUUCCCCUUCGGAUUACCAAUAUAUUAAUUUUUUUUUAAUUGCAUAAAUAAGUGUAGAAUUAAAAUUGUACGUUAAGAGCGCAAAGUUUCUUAAGAAAAAUGAAGUUUUAAUGUUUCAUUUCUCUCUCAGAAAUUGCAUAAAUAAGUGUAGAAUUAAAAUUGUACAUUAAGAGCGUAAAGUCUAAGUUUCUUAAGAAAAA